AUGGCCCGCCUAGCUCUUCCCACGUCGCUCGUGCAAGUCGCAGUGUGGAGUUCGCGCGCCAUGCAAGCGCUAUCCGAGCAGUGCCGCCUCAGCGGCAUAGCAGACGCCUGUUCAGAGGCCCUGCAAAAGCAGCGCGCGAUCGUGUCGUUCACGCGCUGUAAACUACGAGUUGUACAAGCCGGGGCGGACGCGGCGGGAAGGCUGACAUUCGCCCGUGGUGUGCAGGAUCGCCGUUGUUGCCUGGUGUGCGGCGCUCGCGCCCGUGCCGUUUCAGCGCCCGUGCUGCUAUCAUCCCGCUGCCGGCCGCGGGUGUGGGCCGGCGGGUGGGCGCGGCGCUGCUGCCUCCGCACGCCGUUCUGGCACGCCGCCGCACUCCCGCACCCCCCGCGACGCUCCGCGCCCGUCCCCCUCGCGCGCUGCGGCCGGGUCUCGCGUGCUACUUUCCGGACGGCGGACGGCAAGCAGCGCACGCGUCGGCUUGUGUCGGGUCCCGGGCGCGCGCUCUUCGACGUGGCGGAGGUGGCGCUCGCGGGCGCGAGCAGUCGUGGCGCCCCCCGCUCCGCGCAACGCGUGCUGUUGGCCGCGCUGCUGCUGCUGGCGCUGGUGGUGGGCCACGCCUACUCCGGCCAGCUGCUGGGCUUCCUGGCCGCGCCGCCGCGACUUCCAGACCCCAACACCCUCGAGGAGGGCGCUCAUUAUUAA